AAAAUAUUAAUGAAGAAGAAAAUUUUUGAUUACUUAGUCAUUGGAGGUGGAAGUGGAGGAAUUGCCUCUGCCAAUAGAGCUGCCAUGUUCAACAAACAAGUUGCAGUGUUUGAAGAGAAAGAACUUGGAGGAACUUGUGUCAACGUUGGAUGUGUACCAAAGAAACUCAUGUAUCAAGCAGUAGAUCAAAAGGAAUCAAUGGAAAUGAUGGGCAAAUAUAAGCCACAUUGGUUCGAAAAUAGCAGCUGUCUCACUCCAGCUAACCUUGUGAUGAGGCUCAAUGCUUUUAAAGUCGAUAGAGAUAACUAUAUUAAAAGAUUACACAAAAUUUACAAGAGAGGACUCGACAAUUCUGGAGUUGAGCAUGUAAAUGGUAGAGCAAAAUUUUUGGACAACAACACACUUGAAUGUGAUGGUCAGAUUUAUCAAGCAGACCACAUUUGUAUUGCUUCUGGAUCUAAGCCUUUCAUCCUUGAUAUCCCUGGGAAAGAGCAUGCAAUCACUAGUGAUGGCUUCUUUGAUCUUGAGGAGGCACCUAAAAGGACAUUAAUGAUCGGAGGUGGAUACAUAGCCACUGAACUAUCACAAAUCUUGGCAGGACUUGGAUCAAAUGUCACAGUCAUAAUCAGAAAUUGUCUCUUGUCAACAUUUGAUCAGGAAUUAGCGAGCUUCCAGCAUGACAACUUCGAGCAUUUGGGAAUCACGAACAUGUGUGGGGAAGCCAAGAGAAUAGACAAGAAUGCUGACGGCUCUUUGAAAGUCACCUUCAAUGAUGAUACAAAUGCAGAAUUUGACUGUGUUAUUAUGGCAGUUGGAAGAAAAUCUAAUGUUGAAGACCUCGACCUUAACAAUACAGAUGUGAAGCUCAAUGAUAGAAGAGUUAUCAUCACUGACGAGUACCAGAAUACUACAGCAGAUGGAGUUUACGCUGUAGGAGAUGUUGAUGGAAGAAUCGCUCUAACCCCUGUUGCCAUCAGAGCUGGAAGAACGGUAUCAGAGAGAAUAUUUAAUAACAGACCAGGUCUCAAAGUUAACUAUAAAAAUAUUCCAAGCGUGAUCUUUUCACAUCCUCCGAUUGGAUCCGUAGGUUUCUCAGAAGAAGCUGCUAAGGAGAAAUAUGGAAGGGACAACAUUAAUAUCUAUAAGACAGAAUUUGGCCCAAUGUUCGAUAGUUUUGUUCAAGGAGAUGCUCUCAUGAAUAAGACUUUCUUUAAAAUGAUCACGAACAAGCUGGAUGAUGAGAGAGUCAUCGGAUUCCAUGCAAUAGGCAAAGGUGUAGAUGAGAUGAUGCAAGGAGUAGGCGUAGCCAUUACUGCUGGAGCCACAAAAAGACAUUUUGAUGAAACCAUUGCCAUUCACCCAACAUCUUCAGAAGAGAUGGUAUUACUAGAUUCAAAAAUUUGGGGCUAAAAUUUUGCUUUGUUACUAAAUUCCAAAUAUG